CAACAGACCGAGUUUCAUAUUUAGCACGUUGGUAUCUGUAUGUAUUAAAUAUUACAAAGUGCUGUAUAUCUUUAUUCGAAGACUCACUAUCGGAACAAUAAAAGAAAUGUUUACUCAUUGAAUGGAGUUUUUAAUGGAUACAAAAUACAAUUAUAGUACGUUUUAGUUACUAACAAUUAAUUGUAAGAUGAAGAAUCAUUGAUAAUUCUGUGUGAUAAGCAAAAACGUUGGCAACAUGCAGCUGUUGUAAGCAUCGAGCUUCCAAACAUCGAAACAAACGUGUAAGGCAAUGAUGGUCUUUCAAAAUGAUUCGGUUACUCUGAAUGAGUUAAAUAAUGAAGAAGUAAAACGACAGAUUCCACUGAUGAUUUAUCUUAUUGUUAUAAGUAUGAUCGGAAUCGUUGGAAAUUCGUUGGUAUGCUAUGUGUUUGCAAAGACUGAACGCAGGUCUACAUACCGCACCUUUGUAACGUUUGUAUCUUCGGUCGAUUUGUUUACAUGCUGUAUAUGUCUUCCGCUACAGUUUGUAAUGCAGAUACAUAAAUACAACUAUGAUAAUAAAUGGCUAUGUAAAGUUUCGCUGUUAAUGAAUACGUGGACAACGAUGACCUCUUGCUUCGUCCUACUUUGUAUUGCAUUUGACAGAUUCAGAAAGGUUUGCUUCCCUUUGAAUUGGCAGGUUUCACUUAAAGCAGCAAAAUAUAUGUGCCUGGCAUCAGUAGGUGUUGGACUGGCUUGUUCUUGGAUUUCUGCAAUUAUCUAUGACAUACAAAAAGGAAAACAUAAAGUUUAUAAUGUUACAAUUUUUCAAUGUGCAGUUACAGAUGAUAUGAAGGAAACACUAUUUCCUUUUAUUAACAAUUUAACGUUUGCCAUCUGUUUCGUUGGGGUUUUUAUCGUCACAUUCAGUUUCUACAGCUGUAUAGCAGUACGUAUAAGGCAACAGAUGAAAUGGAAACACAAAGGUAAGGACAGAAUUGGCACCGAAGAGAGUAAGGACAGAAUUGGCACCGAAGACAGUAAGGACAGAAUUGGUACCAAAGAAAAUCGCAACCGAAUACAAAUAACAACUGAAAUGUCUUAUGAAAUGACCGACGAGCAAACUGGCGUAACGCUUGAAUCUGAGCAAGAUUCAAACUUGAAUGACAGCCCGGGAAAGAGAGAUAAAGAAACAGAUGUGAAUAUAAGAAAAUUCAAAGCAAGUAAAAAUAAUCUAUGUCACACUAAGAACAGGCCAAAUCAAUACAAAACUUCUAAAAUCAUGUUUAUGGUGUCAUUAGCAGCUAUUGUCUCCUUUACACCAGUAAUUUCAUUGCUUUUGACCCGUUCAUUGGACAAAACAUUUCUAGAAUCAUUGGACAACACUCAGAGAACAGUUUAUAAUUUUUUUCUGAGGUCAUAUUUUAUCAACAGUGCCGUAAACCCGCUUAUUUAUGGAAUAUUGGAUGUUAAAUUUAGAAGCUCGUGUAAUAGGCUGUUUUCUUGUGAUCGUGCGUAAUUAUAAUUGACAUAAUCUUUAUAAUGUGCAUUGUUAGUGGCACAUUACAGAAAGUAUGUUGCAUAUGUGUAGGUUCAAUACUGAAUUUAGUGUUUGAAAUAAUAUUUGCACAAUAGGAUUGCAGUAUUUCAAAUAAACAGUCUAGUAAAUCGACUGUUAAUAAAAAAAAUAAAACACUAAGCUGGUUCAAGUUUAUUAGUACGUAUUUACAAUUUACGUCUUACCAAUUUAAUUUUGUAAUAAAUACGCACUUAUAAACUUGAACCUUCUUGAGUAACGAGUUGAAUUAAAUCAGCCAGGACAGGCUCGUGUAGCAUGCGUGUUCAAUAAAUUCAAUAAAAGUAUGGAACUGACACUUAUUCGAUAUCCUCUAUCAAUCAUAGAAUGAAUUUUUAUAGGUUGGAUCUCAAGAACUUGUAUUACCAUAUGGUAAAUUGAUAUUACAUUGAUGUACAUGUAUGUUUUACACAAAGGGCAGCCUUCGUAUGUGUAACAAUGUUUAUGUGCUAAUGUACAACGUUUGAACUGCUAAAGUAGCAUGUGCAUACAAUAAGGAAUGUUAUACUUGUAUUUCUGAUCCUUAAAGAUCGUUUAACGCGA